AUGGCCCCUUCAAUUCUGCGAGCUCGAUGUGCCCUUCGAUCCGCUCUGCGGCCUGUUAAGCCAUCUGCAUUCACCCCCUCGACCUCGCGAUUCGGCGCACGUAGCUCAAGGCGGCAUGCCUCCAGCUCCUCUCAUUCGACAGACUCCCUUCUUCUCGGCCGUCUGCGCAUCGCCUUCUGGAGCGCUUCAAUUACCGCAUCUCUUUAUGUCGGCUAUCUUUACGCUACCGACACCCGCGCCUCGGUGCACCGUUGGAUUGUUCCGCCUCUCCUGCGUCUGGUCCUGCCCGAUGCCGAGGAUGCCCAUCACGUUGGCACGGUAGCUCUCAAGACGCUCUACCAGCUGGGCCUCAAUCCCCGCGAACGCCCCGAGCUGUCCCUCGUCUCCGCGGCCAAGGAGCCGUCCGACCUCGCCGUCUCAGUGUUUGGUACGGUCGUCGCGAACCCAAUUGGCAUCAGCGCCGGCCUCGACAAGGACGCUGAGAUCCCCGAUGCGCUCUUCGACCUCGGCGCCGGCAUUGUGGAGGUGGGCGGAUGCACGCCCAGGCCGCAGGGCGGGAACCCGAAGCCGCGCGUGUGGCGUGUCCCAGCCGUGGAGGGUAUGAUCAACAGAUAUGGCCUGAACUCUCGAGGAGCAGACGCGAUGGCCGCUACGCUGCGCGACAGGCUGAGGAAGUUUGCGCGGUCGCUAGGCCUUACUGAGCAGCAGGUGCUGAAUGGCGAGGGAACCGAGGUGCCCCCAGGAAGUCUGCUACCUGGCCGGCUGCUCUUGGUGCAGAUUGCUAAGAACAAGGAGACAGACGAGCGAGACGUGGAGGCUGUUGCCAAGGACUACGUCUACUGUGUUAACCGCCUGGCACCAUAUGCCGAUGUGCUAGUGGUGAAUGUCAGCAGCCCGAACACGCCGGGUCUGCGAGACCUGCAGGCUACUGGGCCAUUAACAAAGAUAUUAAGCGCUGUCGUCGACGAAGCUAGGAAAACGGCCAGGAAAACAAAGCCAAAGGUCAUGGUCAAGGUCUCCCCAGAUGAAGACGAGGACUCCCAGAUAGAGGGCAUUGUCCAGGCGGUCUGGAUGAGCGGCGUCGACGGCGUCAUCGUGGGCAACACAACCAAGAGAAGGCAAGGGCUGGUCCCGGCCGGCAUAAAGCUCACCGUCAAAGAGCAGCAAGCGCUCACGGAGCAAGGUGGCUUCUCAGGUCCUACGAUGUUUGAUCAAACCCUGUACCUUGUCCAGAGAUAUCGAAAACUGCUAGACGGGCACUCCUUGCAAGCAGGCACAGACGAGGUCACCUCAAACGCAGGCAAGAGCUCGGAUCAAAAAGUGAUUUUCGCGAGCGGAGGCAUCAAGGAUGGCCAGCAGGCUCUAAAAGUUUUGAAUGCUGGCGCAAGUGUUGCUAUGUUGUAUACUGGUUUGGUCUAUGGAGGAUCCGGGACGGUCACACGCAUGAAGGGAGAGCUCAGAAAAGAAAUUGCCGAUGGCAAGGCAUAG